UCUGGGCUCUGGGCCUGGAGGCAGUCCCCGAAGGGCUGUGAGGCCCAGCCCUGCCGCCUCCGUGCAUCAAGUGUCCCCUUCAGAUUUCAGGUGCUGCAUCCCUCCUGAGCCGUCCUCGGACCUCCAGCCCUUCCCAGUGUUGCCCGGCAACACCAGGUGAUGGGCAUGGUGACAAGGGCCCGCUCCGGAGAUGGGGUAGCCGGACGCCGCUCUCGCGAGCCGGGCACAAAGGCAGGAGCUCGUGGGGGAAGAGAACUUGCCACCCAGGAUGCCUUGGCCUCCCCGGGGACACCCCCUACCCGCACUUACUGUCAGUCGCCAUGGUCGCGCCAGGGGUUGCGGGGCGGCCGCCAGCGGCUGGGGUACCCACGCCGCGCCCGGCCGCGCGCGCUCUCGGCAGGCCCCGCGCGCUCGGGGGCCGCGACGCUCACAGACGCUCCCGCCGCGCGUCCCCGCCGCGCCGCCCCGCGCCCGGUGCUGGCUGCCAGCUGGGUCGCCCCCGCCGGCAUCCCCACACCCCAGGCGAGCCUGGUCAGCCCGCAGCCGGAUCUGCCCUGCCCACCGCGCAGCAGCAUCCCUCCGAAGGGAAAAGCAGCCAGCAACCUAGCCGGCUCCUCUACAGGAACAUCCAGAAGUGCCUCACUGCCCCACUCCCCCCAGCUCCCUCAGGCUGAAAAGACAAACCAGGAGGAUGAGCACACAGAUGAGCGGAUGAGAUGAGAGCUGUUCCCAAGCCUUUAUAGCUCUUCUGAACUCUAGAUGGCCAGUUCAACUCAGCUGUUCUGGCCCAAACUCCUCUCCAAGAUGACUGAUUCAAACUGGCUUCUCUUCUCUUCUCUUCUCUUCUUACUGAAUUGCUGUGCCUGGACUUAGACUAAUUCUGGCAAUAUGAUUUAAAUCUUCUGGCUCCUUCUCAUUCUCUGGCUUGUUCUGUCUUCACCUGUGUCUAGCUUGUUCUCUCUACAACCUGUCUCUGUACAACUGUCCCAGUAACAACUCUCAUCUCUCUCCCUACGCUGUUCUUAAGUUGCCUCUUUCCUGUCCUGUUCUCAUGGUAGCUGGGUGUAUCCUAUCUCUGACUCAUUCUGUCAAAUCUUUCUCUGAUUCCUCACUUUGCCCCUCAAUUAAAUGUCUCUUUCAAACGUGGCUGUUUCCUUGUACAAAUUAACCUUACCUGUUUUGGAUUACAGAUGUGUGCUAAAGGUGUGUCUGUAUUCCAGUCAGACACUAUUGUAAUCCAGAGUGUGUCUGCAUUCCAGCCCGAUCACAUAAACCUAGGUCUUUGGAUGUGAUACCUUGCCAGAGCAUCAAUGGAUUAUAAUUCUCCUACAAAGAUGUUUCUUAGCUGACAAACCUGUACAGGCAAAACAUGUUUUAAGGGAUCUAUAUGCAUGAAUAUAGGUGAGGCAAGGAGGGGGUAGUCUUUGGUAAAGGAGUGUGGCAGAAUCAGGCCAAAAUGGUGGUCCUGCUGUUCACAAGUUUGUGUGUGUAAAUUCUGCAUUUGCUUUCCAUGUCUUUGGGGUUUUGUUUGUUCAUUUGUGUGUUUUUUCCUGAGACAGUUCCUCUUGUAGCCCUGGCUGUCCUAAAAUUCACUCUGUAGACCAGGCUGGCCUCAGACCCACAGAUAUCCACCUGCCUCUGCCUCCCGAGUGCUGGGAUCACAGGCGUUGAGUCACCACUGCUCGGUGCAUUCCAUGUCUUGAUAGAGUCAAGAACAGCCUCUUUCUUCGAAAACACUUUAUAGCAAUCAUUCAAGAAAUAGUAAAAAAAAGUACAGGAUCGACUCUUUUUUUGACACACAUAGGUAAGGGCUGGGUGUGUGUGUGACCCUGCGUGCAGAAUAGUCAGCCAGCAUGAGUAAAGCCCUAGGUUUGAUGCCAGCACUCAGAGCAAACCUUCAGUGACGGAGAUUUCUUAAAUAUCUCUUAAAUAUUUCUUAAAUGAAUGAAGAUACUCACCUGGAGGCAGAGGUGCAGCCUUUGGGCAUCCUUAGAAGAAGAAACAUGCGUACAGAGGCCAGGAACUGCAUUCCGAUGAUCCUGUUUUUCUCAAGGCAAUCCCAGACUAGUUUUCCCCAAAAUAUUCACCUCUAAUCACCUAGUCUGAAGUCCCCUGGGAAGUGUUUUUUAAAAUGAAGAUUCCUAGACCCCAAAUACCUCGAAACAUACUGGCCUGGAAGCCAAAAGUAGGAUACUAUAAUCUGCUUAUUAAAUAUGUUCCUUUACCAGGUGUGGUGGCCCACACCUAAAUAACUAUCUAUAAAGGGAAUCAUAAGUUUCAAAAUAUUAAUUUGCAAAUUAACAUAUUUCAAACUAGAAGAAAAUGUGUGGUCUGUGAAUUCAUCCAUUAUUUCAUUCAUCUUAGGUCUGGACUCUAAAUCUUUACACAUGUCCACCUCUUGACCUCAUUCGUGGCCCACCUCUCAUGGCCUAGGUUCUCCCUAUACUUCAUUCCAAUUAAAAAGAACAUCCUGCAUUUCCCGGUGGCUGGGUGUUACUUCCCACUCGGCCCUCAAACAAUAAAAUUUGCCCUCAGAUCAUGACCUCCUAAUUGCAAAAUUCAAAGGAAAACUCCUCACUGUUACCAUUUAUGGGUACAGCUGGUGCUGUCUGCUGCUCCCUCUUUGAACUUGUGUUCCCUCGGCUCUGCAGCAGCCAUUUCCUUCUAAACUUCCUUCCAAACUUAAUGAUCAACAGGUAUCUACCUACCUCUAAGCGAGAACAUAGCCUGUCGGCUCCCUUUACGAUCCUCUUCUGGUCUCCAAAUGAAACUAAUUUCUGGCAAAUCUUAGGGACUUGUGUGGUAUGCUGAGAGCCCUCUGAGGCCCUGGUGUAUAGAAAAGGACCUUAAUUCCUUGCCUAAAACUAGGUACGUGCUUAGCAAAGCCAGUGAUGGCCUGGGGCCACGGCCCUCAGGGAGGGUCCGGAUCCUGGAUGCUCUGUUUUUUUCCUCCUUGAAGGGCUGUAGGUAUCAGCCCUAAGUGUUUGGUCUGUGACGUACUUGAAAUGUCCUGUGUUCCCUGUGUGUAACAGGAAUACCUUCCUGAUGACUUUGUCCUGUUCCUCCCAUCCCCCCGACCCCCCCACACACAAAGAAGAAAAACACAGUAUGUAAGAUGCUGUACUUAGGAAACUCGCCUGCCAUCAGACAUGGCUCCUGACCACAGCUUCCUAAGUUUUUUUCUCUCUCUCCUCCACUGGUCCCUCUCACCCUGUCACUGAAGAACGGCCUGCUGGUCCAGGUCAGUGGUUGGAGGUGUGGGUGGCGCUGUCAGACUUGCAGAUUUCAGUACUGGCCUCCCUUUGACAGCAUGGUCCGAGGCAAGUCACAUAAUGCCCAUGUGCCUUUCUUUCACUCUUCUGAUAAACUGCUACCUACCAUGACUUCUAGGACCAGCAGUGUGACAGAUCACAUUAAAACCUGUGUUUGAGUGUUUGUGCACCACAUGCAUGUAGUACCCAUGCGGGCCAGAAGAGGGCACUGGACCCCCAGGGCUAUGGUUGAGUGCUGAGUCCUCCAGAACAGUAGGUGCUGGGAACUGCUGGGCCAGUUUUCGCGGAUACUUUUAAAGGCCCUUCUUUUUAUGAAAUUCCUGAAGAAAUAAUUAAAAAUAUUUUAAUGGGAAAAAAGUUUGAAAAAUAAUAAAAAGCUUUUUUGCACCUUUGGUAUAAACUGCUGCUGAAAUAA